AGUGUUUCGAUCAACAGAAAAACAGUUUGUCAAGUAUGGUACAGAUAGGUGACAACUCGUUCGUGCAGGUUGAAGGCAUUGGUUCAGUAGAGGUUCUAGCACUCGUUAACGGACAGUGGGAGCCACGUACACUGGAAAAUACUUUAUAUGUACCAAAAUUAAAGAAAAAUCUGUUCUCAGUGGCAGCCGCUACGAGCAAGCAGUUUAAGGUCAUUUUUGACGACAGCAAGAUCGAGGUGCGAAAUCAAAAAGUAAUCGCUACGGGCAUUAAAAUGGUCAAUCAAUACUUUAAGAUGCUGUUCAAGGAAAAAGGAAUCGAACAGGCAAUGGCAGCGACAGAAGAAUUAGUGAGGCUUUGGCACGAGAGGUUGGGUCAUCCAGGAAUUACCUGUAAGAGAGCAGUAACAAUGGAUACUUUAUUCACCCAAAAUGUUGUCGAUGAAGCGGAAGAUAUACCGCAGACCGAUGAGCCAGUCUGGAUUCUUGGCAGAAAGUAUAACGCUAUACAAGAGCUCGACACGAUACGCAGAGAUAUUCGAUCCAAACUUUGGUUUACAUAUCGUAAAGGCUUUGUCCCUAUUGGCGGCAACAGUUCUACGUUUACAUCUGACAAAGGCUGGGGUUGUAUGCUGAGAUGUGGUCAAAUGGUCCUUGCCCAAGCCUUAAUUACGUUACACUUAGGUAAAGAUUGGCAGUGGAUGCCCGAAUCAAGGAACAGUACAUAUCUAAAAAUUCUAAAGCGUUUUGAAGACAAAAGGGCUGCUGCUUUUUCCAUUCAUCAAAUUGCAUUGAUGGGAGCGUCCGAAGGAAAGGAAGUUGGACAAUGGUUUGGUCCUAACACAAUUGCACAAGUAUUAAAAAAAUUAAUCGUAUAUGAUGAAUGGAGCUCCCUUACUAUACAUGUUGCAUUAGAUAAUACUUUAAUAAUCAAUGAUAUUUUGAGACAAUGUAAAAUAAAGGGUGAUGUGGCAGCGAAAGUAGAUGAAGGAAUGCCUUUGGAAACACCUAAUCAAUGGAAACCUUUGCUAUUAUUAAUCCCACUGCGCCUUGGACUCAGUGAGAUCAAUCCUGUAUACAUUACUGGACUUAAGGCAUCAUUUAAGAUCUCACAAUCUCUUGGAGUAAUAGGAGGAAAACCCAAUCUGGCUUUAUAUUUCAUAGGAUGCGUGGGAGACGAGGUUAUUUAUUUAGAUCCUCACACCACGCAGAAAUCAGGUAGUGUUGGAAACAAAACUGACGAAGAAGAAGUUGAGAUGGAUACUACGUAUCAUUGCAAAUUAGCUAGUCGUAUUCCUAUCACAGGAAUGGAUCCUUCUGUGGCACUUUGUUUCUUUUGUGCUACGGAAAUGGAAUUCAGAUCCUUAUGUAAAUCAAUGCAAGAGGAAUUAACAAUGCCUGAAAAGCAGCCAUUAUUUGAACUUUGUUCAGAGCGUUUAGCACAUUGGUUACCUGAAGAAGAUGCUACUCCUGAGGUGAUAGCAGCUUCUAAUUAUGUAGAUUUUGAACACAUUGAACGUCAGUAUGAUACGUCUGAUGAAGAUUUCGAACUGCUUGGUUGACGACUACCUGGUGGACCAUCUAGUAUUGUAACAACGUGGAAAACAACAAUCGAACAUUACAUAAUGGUGUGCUC